AACCUCACUUUUUCUUUCCUUGGCGCGAAAAAUCUUUAAUUGUUUUUUUCUUUUUCGCUUUUAACAAAAACUUAGCAGAGUUAGCAUUGAACCAGAUCAAACACUGGCUCACCGAACGAGUGACUUUUAUCCUUCCAUUGGCACCAUUCCCCAGAUCUUCAAACGAGGCUGGUUCGCUCCUUCGCCCUGCGGGGUCUGUGCUAAAUAUUUUAUUUCUGUUUUUUGUUUUCACUCUCAUUUCUUUUGGGGUUUGAUUCCGUCAGUGACUUCUGGGGUUUGGGUUUGUUGUUGCGGUUGGAAAAAUGGUGGACACGGUGGUAAUCGACUUGGACGAGGACCCGAAGGAUCGGAAGAUGAACAGUCAGGACCGACCAAGGAAGACCCAGAAGCGAAAGAGGGCUUCUUUGGCACCAGAGCCCCCGAACCCUGAGGAAAAAGCGGCCCAAAUCGAAUCUCUUCGCGUAGAACUCGCUGGAUUGUUCAAAUACUAUAAGGAAGUGAAGAAUGAGAGAGUUGAUUUUGACUUGGGUGUAUGCAAUUCGAACAAUGCGGUGGUUGCGGCGUCGAUGGAAGAAAGUGAGCUUCCGUUGUCGAGGCUUGUGGAAGAGAUUUACGAGAAGGUGAGGGGAAAUGGGAUGACGUUGGCGUCGGUGAAGAGCACUGUUCUCUUUGUGGGGCAGAGGAUGAUGUAUGGGGUGCCGAACGCGGAGGCGGAUGUGCUGGAGGACGAGUCCGAGGAGUGCCUUUGGUGUUGGGAGACUAGAGAUGUGAAGUUAAUUCCAAGAUCUGCGCGUGUAGCAUUGAACUUCAGGCGUGCAUGUCGUAAAAAGAUCCACGAGAGGAUUACUGCUGUUUCUGGAAUGAUGGCAGCAUUACAAAACUCUGGGAGUGAUGGGAAUUACAAGCGUGACCUUUGCAAGGCAUCUGAAAAGCUUGUUAAAGUGCAUAAUGAAGGAGAUAUUCGUUCAUAUAUGGAGAAUCUGUUACAGAAAAAUGGAGCAGACAUGGCUGAAAGGGAAGCAAAACGUGAAGAGAAACUGCUAGUCAAAGAAUUGGAAAGAAAUAAAAGAGAAGUUGAAAAGGAGAAGAAAAGACUGGAACGUGAACUUCAAAAGGAAAAAGGGCAAGCUGAACAAGAAGCUGAGAAGGAGCAACGGCGUCGAGAAAAGGAAGAAGCUGAACUGAAAAAGCAACUUUCUAUACAAAAGCAAGCUUCAAUCAUGGAACGUUUUCUAAAAAGAAGCAAAACUAGCCCAUCAUGCGAGCAUGACAAAUCUUCAGCCAAAGCAACCACAUCUGAUUCAUCAAGUCAAAAAUAUGAAAACAUGCUUGUUGCUGUAACUAAUGUGAUGGACUGUAUCCUUUCAUCAAAUGAUAUCGAUGCGAGUGAGAUCAGCAAGUCGCACUUGUCAUCUUGGCGCCACUUAGGUCAUUCUCUUCGUUCAAACAGAAAACAGCAUUGGGGUGUACGUCGUAAGCCUAAGACCGAACUAUUUAAGGAAAUUAAGCUCUCAAUUAGUAGAGGACUGGCUCAUGAUGAUGACAUGAACAUAGAUAAGCUUGCAGAUGGAUGGGGAGAAAGGAUUUCUGAUGAAAGAUCAUGCCAUAAUAAUGUGGAUAGUUCCCUGCCCGUUGUCAAUAAGUGCAACCGAGGGAAACAGCUAUUGCAGUUUGAUAAGAGCCACAGACCUGCAUUUUAUGGUAUUUGGCAUAAAAGAAGUCAUGUUGUUUGCCCACGCCGCCCUUUUAAGAAGGAUCCAGAUGUGAAUUAUGAGGAGGAUAGCGAUGAGGAAUGGGAAGAGGAUGACCCUGGUGAAAGUCUUUCAGAUUGCGAUAAGGACGAAGAUGAAGACAUUUUGGAGGAAGGAUGUUCAAGAGUUGAUGAUGAAGAUGAAAGUGAAGAUGGUUUUUUUGUACCUGAUGGCUAUCUUUCCGAAAAUGAGGGAGUACAAGUUGACCGAGUGGAAAGCAAUGGAGUUGAAGUCAGAAGCUCACCUAAUUGUAAGCCGGACCUAAAGAACCAGGAGUUCUGCUCAUUGCUUCGACAGAAAAAGUGUUUAUACAAUUUGACGGAGCAGGCUCUUAGGAAAAACCAGCCAUUGAUUAUAUUAAAUUUGAUGCAUGAGAAGGCUGCUUUGUUAGCGGCUGAAGAUCUUAGUGGUACUCCUAAACUGGAGCAAACUUGUUUGCAAGCUCUGAGUAUGUGUGCUUUUCCUCAUGGUCCACCUGUAGAGAUCUCAAUUGAAAAUAUGCAAGAUGAGGAUCAAGAAGCUUGUCUAUCUGGUGGCAAAGGUAGCACCACUCCGAUGUCAAUUGUGAAUGCUAUACCGGAAUCAGAAUUACCUACAAUUGUGUCUGUGAUUCGGUCAUCCCCUCAGGGAAUCAACAAGGUUGUAGAAUCUUUACAGCAUAAGUUACCUGCUGCCUCAAAGUCUCAGUUAAGGAGUAAAGUGCGUGAGAUAUCAGAUUUUGUGGAUAAUCAUUGGCAGGUUAAGAAAGAAAUUUUGGACAAGCUUGGCUUGUCACCCUCAGCAGAAAAGGAUGGAAGGAGGGCAACAAAUAUUGCUACAUUCUUUUCGAAAAGGUGUCUGCCACCUACUGGAAAAAGUAUCAAUCCCAAUGAAACCUCUCCUCAGACAUCUUUGAAGCCAGGUCUUGCUGACCAGGGGGAAUCACAGUUGCACAUAUAAUAAAAAACUAUUGCCUCCGUAAUCUUGUUUAGUGCUUUGGUUCUCUUACGAUUUUCCUCCCAUCAUGUUCCAUUUGGAAACGCCUUUUGUAUGAAUGUUUUUUUGUUCUCUUACAAUGCCACCUUUCAUAGCUAGCGCCAAGAUAAAAAACGAGCCUUUGAAUGUCAAACUAAAGAGUUGUAAGACUCAUGCAGAAAUGUAAACUACAGUGUCUUGGAUGAA